GGGAGUGGCAACGCUUCCAAGGUUACGAAGACCUCUGGUGGGAGAGGUGUUCGGGCUGGACUCACGUUCAGCAAAGGUGGGGUGGCCAUCACAGGAUCGGGCCGCAAGAAGCGCAAAAACUACCCCGUCUCCUGGGGCUGCCCCACCGAAAAGAUGAAGAUGAAGAAGAGGGUGCUCUGCGUCUACGACGGGCCCAGGCGGCUGUGGAAGGACGACAUGAUGCUCGACCAGGAGUUCGAGGUCCGCAUGAAGCUUCCAGACGGCAAGUCGUACGUCACCGACUUGGACGUCCAGACGCUGAAGAGGGCUGAAGCAUUCCACGGCGCUACACCCGAGGAGCGUGGCCCCUGGGUGCCAGACAACAUCAUGGGCGCCCCUGCGACAUCUGAAUUAGAGGGGCUCAUGCCAUGA